AUGCCACCAGGACCAGACACCACACCAACGCAAACCCUCACCACUCUCAAACAACAGACCGGACCGGCGGCGGUCGUUCCCCAUUCCCUCGCCGCCGCCCGCCGCGCCGCCAUGCUCCGCCUCCGCAGCUCCAUCCUCACCCACCUCCUCUCAUCUCCAGCCACCUCUCCGGUAUCCCCUCUCCACCGCCUCCUCUCAGCCGCAGCGCCAGCCAUCUCCACCCCGACCACCGGGUUCGCCGUGGAGGACUACCUCGUCGGCACCUGCGGCCUCACCCGACCCCAAGCCCUCAAGGCCUCCGCCAAGCUCUCCCACCUCAAGUCCCCCGCCAAUGCCGACGCCGUCCUCGCCUUCCUCGCCGGCCUCGGCCUCUCCGCCGCCGACGUCGCCACCGCCGUCGCCAGGGACCCGCAGCUGCUCUGCACCGGCGUGGAGAGAACACUGGCGCCCGUCGUCGCGGGGCUCUCCGGCCUCGGCGUACCACGUUCUGAGAUCGCGCGCCUCGUCUCGGUUAAAGCCAGCCUCUUCCGGCGUAGAUCCAUCGUCUCCAACGUCGCUCUCCUGCAAGAGAGUGGGCUAGGUGUUUGUGAUAUUGCCAAGCUGUGCCUCACUAGGCCACGGCUGCUCAGCAGCAACCUAGAGCGCGUCCAGGCGGCGUUGGCGUCCGCCGAAGCACUCGGUGUACCCCGUGGAUCCGGGAUGUUCAGGUAUGCGAUAGAAGCUGUUGCAUCCUUCACCGAGGAGAAGAUCGCUGCCAGAGGGGACUACUUGAAGAAGACAUUCAGGUGGUCGGAUGCCGACGUGAGCAUUGCUGUGUGUAAGGCUCCGUAUUUGAUCGUAAAAUCAAAGGAAUCACUGCAGUGCAGGUCUGAAUUCCUCAUCUCUGAGGUGGGGUUGGAACCGGCCUACCUCACUCAACGUCCGGCAAUGGUCUGUUACAGCCUAGAGGGCCGGAUGAGACCCCGGUACCACGUUGUAAAGUUUCUCAAGGAAAAUGGAUUGCUCAAGCGCGACCCGAGCUACUAUACUGUUUUCAAGGAGAGCGAGAAGUAUUUCAUGGAUAAGUUCAUAUGCCCUCACAAGGAGGCUGCACCACACCUUGCAGAAGAUUAUGCUGCCGCUUGUGGAGGGGAAGUGCCCGCUAGAUUCAGAUUUACAUGAACCAACAACGGGCUGUGAGAAGCGACAAUGCUGGAGGAGAAAAUGUGCUGAAACUGGAUGUAUCAUGGUCCUUUCUUCUUCGAGGAGACGGAGCAUGGCGCAAACUGUGGGUUUGCCUAUACGUGAUUCUGAAGGAGGAUCAGCUCCGCUUCGAUGCAUAUUGCAGCAGGCAUAGGCACCGUGCCUAUGGUAUAUUGAGCUAUAGUUCCGCAGACGCAAGGUAUGCCUUUUUAUUGUAGGGCAAGUAUAGUGUAUUGCCAACUCAAUGCAUGUUCACAUGCUGCCUGGUCUCGCCUCUAUUUUUUUUAUCAGAGCUCACUGAUCUCAUCUCACUGGCAGUAACUUGUAUGCACACUGCUAUGGGUUUAGUGCAACAUUCAGAGUGUAUCA